GUGACUCGUCCGCCGGAGGAUGGCUGCUUUGCAAUUGGUCUAAACGCGGAGUGGGCGGGACGACGGGUGUGUGUCGCCUUGUCCCCUGGCCAAGAUGGCUGCGUCUGUAGCCCGGCGCUGGUGGCCUUUGGUGGCCCGCCGAGGGCUCCGGCCCCGCGGAGGUUGUGUCUGCAGCCAGAGGCCAAGGAGAAGUUUCGCAACCGAGAGGCGAGAUCGGAACCUCCUGUACGAACACGCACGCGAGGGCUACAGCGCGCUCCCUCAGCUGGACUUGGAGCCGCUGUGCACACGCCCGGAAGAAGCCGCGCGCACCCUGGAGCACCGCAAGGGGGAGCUGCGGCCGGACGACCUGCCGGCGAUCAUCGCGACAUGGCAGGAGCUGAGGCAGCUGCGGGAGCAGAUCCGGAGCCUGGAGGAGGAGAAGGGGGCUGUGGCGGAGGCGGUGCAGGCCCUGCUGGUGAACCAAGACAACAAUCAAGUGCAGCAGGUACAGCUAGGUCUAGGUCCUGGCUCUGUGUUUGGUUCUACUUCCCUCUUAUUCCCAGACCAGCUUUCUCCCCUUGGGGGAAGGGAGGAGGCCCAGCUUGAGGAGCAGUUCUACCUGCGGGCGCUGAGGCUGCCCAACCAGACCCACCCAGACGUGCCCAUCGGGGACGAGAGCCAAGCCCGAGUGCUACACGUGAUCGGAGACAAGCCAGCUUUCUCCUUCCAACCCCGGGGCCACCUGGAAAUCGCCGAGAAACUUGACAUCAUCCGUCAGAAGCGCCUGUCUCACGUGUCUGGCCACCGCUCCUAUUACCUGCGCGGGGCUGGAGCCCUCCUGCAACAUGGCCUGGUCAACUUCACCCUCAGCAAGCUCAUCCAGCGGGGCUUCACCCCCAUGACAGUGCCAGACCUUCUCCGAGGAGCUGUGUUUGAAGGCUGUGGGAUGACACCUAAUGCCAACCCAUCCCAAAUUUACAACAUUGACCCCUCCCGCUUUGAAGACCUCAACCUGGCCGGGACAGCAGAGGUGGGGCUUGCAGGCUACUUCAUGGACCACGCUGUGGCCUUCAGGGACCUGCCAAUCAGGAUGGUUUGUUCCAGUACCUGCUACCGGGCAGAAACACACACAGGGAAGGAGCCAUGGGGGCUAUAUCGAGUGCACCACUUCACCAAGGUGGAGAUGUUCGGGGUGACAGGCCCUGGGCUGGAACAGAGCUCACAGCUGCUGGAGGAGUUUCUGUCCCUGCAGAUGGAGAUCUUGACAGAGCUGGGCUUGCACUUCCGGGUCCUGGACAUGCCCACCCAGGAACUGGGCCUUCCCGCCUACCGCAAGUUCGACAUUGAGGCCUGGAUGCCAGGCCGGGGCCGCUUUGGCGAGGUCACCAGUGCUUCUAACUGCACAGACUUCCAGAGCCGCCGCCUCCACAUCAUGUUCCAGACAGAGGCUGGGGAGCUGCACUUUGCCCACACGGUGAACGCCACAGCCUGUGCUGUCCCCCGCCUUCUCAUCGCCCUCCUGGAAAGCAAUCAGCAAAAGGACGGCUCGGUCCUCAUUCCCCCUGCCCUCCAGCCCUACCUUGGCACCGAUCGGAUCACAGCCCCCACCCACGUGCCUCUCCAGUAUAUUGGGCCCAACCAGCGCCAGAAGCCCAGGCUCCCGGGCCAGCCUGCCUUGAACUGAGGACUCCUCCUCAUCAGCCACCUGGGUUGUCGCUGGCUGAGGGGACCGUGGACCCCGAGACAUGUCCUGAGCCUGCCCUGACAUCUGGAUUCCUCCUCAGCUCCACGCCUGGGCCUGUGGACUCCCGGGUCCACCUCUCCUUCCCUGCUGCCUCAGAAUCAGUGAUCUUGUUGUCACUGGGGGUCCCAAUGGGAAGCAGGACAUCUGGGGACUUGAAGGAUCUAGGGAUGGGAUAAGAAGAGAGACCUCCACCCCUUCUGUCUUCCCUCCCGCCUUAGUGCUUAGCAGAAAGUCCCUAAUAAAUGGUCAGAACAAU